AUGGAGCAAAAUACGGACACUCCUACGACGGGGACCAAGCGUUCCUGGGAAGGCAUACCGCUCCGCAACGACUACAUGCAGCAAUCUUCAUCAGCGACAAUGGCAAAGUCAGAGGCCUCACCAAAUAUCCUCUCAAUGUUCGAGGGCUUCCGCGACGAGUUGGACCAGCACCACGACCGCCGCGAGCGACUGAUUAAGAUCAGCCGUGAUAUCACUGCGCUCAGCAAGAAAAUCAUCUUCUCCCUCCAGCGAGUCCGAACCGCCAACGCACCUAUUCCCGCCUCCAUCCUCAAAGACACCGAAUCUCGCUUCACGCAGAUAAACGAUCUCUUCGUCUCCGCAGUCCCCGAAACCCGCGGCCUAAACAACUACCGCUACCUCCGCAAUCUCAGCGGCGGAAUCCAAGAGUUCAUCGAAGCCCUCUCCUUCAAACACUACCUCGAGACGCAAACUCUCAUUACCCGCGACCAAGUGGCACAACACCUUCCUCCCGAAAUUCUGGUUACAGAAGACGACUACGUGAUGGGCCUGUUCGAUCUUACGGGUGAACUUAUGCGCUUCGCUGUCACGUCGCUUUCCGCGGGGAGUCAUACUGAUGCGUCUGAUGGGCUGCCACGAUUGCCUCCCGCGCAGGCUGGUGUUGUGCGUGAUCUGAGGGAGAUCAGGGCUGAGUUCGAGGGCGUUACUAUCCCGCGCCGUCACGAUUACCAGAUUAUGCGCGACUGGGGGAAGAAGGCGGAAAUUAUGGGGAACAGUGUCGAAAAGGUCGAGCGUGCGGCGUACGGAAUUCUGGUUCGGGGAAGUGAGAGGCCGAAGGGUUGGAAGCCGGAUUUGUCGGCAGCGGUGGAGAUGGAUGUUUAUUGA